AAAAAAAAAAGAAAAUUAGAGAGAAAUUAGGGAUUUUGAUAGUAUCAGUAUCAGUAUCAGCGAAUGGAAGGUGAAGGUAGUGCAAUGGAGAAGAAUCCGAAAAUAUCAGCAUAUUACCAAACCAGGCUAGCACACUUCGGCGUCGUCAGCUCCGAGUGGUUAGCUCAAGCUCAGUCUGCAACAAACCCUAUCCCAUCUUCAUCAACCAACACUUACCCUGACAAUGAAUCCAAUUUCUCCGUUAUCGAUGAAUUCAAUCGAUGGCGUAAUCAUCCCGAUUUGGCCGAGGCUGUUGCCGCUAUUCGUGCUCUCGCCGCUGUUAUUAGUUCUAGUAAAGCCUCCACUAUGAUGCAGCUCGAAAUUGAAUUAAAAAAUGCAUCUGAUUCUCUUAAAGCAUGGGAUACAACGUCUAUCUCAUUGACAGCAGCAUCUGAUCUGUUUAUGAGAUAUGUGACAAGAACCUCUGCGUUGGAAUUUGAAGACUUCCAUUCUGCGAAAUCUCGUUUGAUUGAGCGUGCUGACAAGUUUGGAGAAAUCUCCUACAAGGCUCGCAAGAUUAUUGCAAUGCUUAGUCAAGAUUUUAUAUUUGAUGGCUGUACCAUUUUGGUUCAUGGUUUUUCUAGAGUUGUCUUUGAAGUUCUUAAACUGGCUGCACAUAAUAAGAAACGCUUUCGGGUCUUCUGCACAGAGGGGAGACCAGACCGAUCAGGUUUAAGACUGUCCAAUGAACUGGCCAAGCUUGAUGUUCCUGUGAAACUUGUGAUAGACUCUGCAGUGGCUUAUACUAUGGAUGAGGUGAACAUGGUACUUGUGGGGGCCGAUGGAGUUGUUGAAAGUGGUGGUAUAAUCAACAUGAUGGGGACAUACCAAAUUGCUUUGGUUGCAAAUAGUAUGAAUAAGCCAGUUUAUGUCGCUGCUGAAAGCUACAAGUUUGCUCGUCAUUACCCUCUAGACCAAAAGGAUUUGGCGCCUGCCCUACGUCCAGUUGAUUUUGGUGUACCUAUUCCAUCCAAGGUUGAGGUUGAAUGCUCUGCUCGGGAUUAUACUCCUCCUCAAUAUCUGACUUUGCUUUUCACAGAUUUAGGUGUUCUUACUCCAUCAGUUGUAAGUGAUGAGCUCAUCCAGCUAUACUUAUAAUCAUCCGCAUAUAAUUUUCUUCUGAUUUUUUUAAAAGGUCGGUCUCAGUUCAAGAGAGUGUCUUAUGAAACAAUUUUGUAAUACAUGUGUAUUGGCAACUUCAACUAUUGUAUUUGUUGGGCUAAGUUUCUAAGAAAUUCAAGGGCUGCAAGUUCAACCCAUAUAUUGCAUUCCCUUUGGUUUUUUGGUGUUCACUAUUACCAUGCAUUCAUUUUUGGUUUUUUCCCCAUGUAUUCUCAUAUAAGAGACAAUUUUGUUCGAGAUACAGUUGAACACUAGAUGAGAAUUCCUCUUUCGAUAGA